AUGUCGUCGCAAGAGACGUUAUCCGAUCUCAAUAAUUUUGUAUCGACCUUUUCCGAGAACAUUGCGUUGUUAAAUGCACUGAAAAUCAAGGACCUCGGAUCAUUCAUAGUGUUUUCCAUGGCUUUUCGGUGUCUUCCGGCAUCCACACGUAAAUUAUUCGAGUCGUCCACUCCUCCGGAGUUUCCGUCGGUGACUGAGUUGCUCACUUUCGUACAGUCCCGUGUUGCGAUCUUGGAGAUAGCCGGAGACCACCAUAAAAGGUCCAAUAAUCGACCACAGUCUACAUCACAAGGCAGCGCGUUCGUCAAAAAGGUUCCGUUCAAAUCAACUACUACAUCGUUAGUCAUUUCGAAGUCGUCGAGCUCCAAGAAUGACUCUUGUCCGAAUUGUUGGGGAAAGCAUACCAUUACUGACUGUCGGAAGUUCGCGUCGUUGUCGGUCGAGGACCGAAACAACUGGGCGCGUGAAAACGGUGUGUGCUACACGUGUUUGUCGACCAAUCAUUGGGCCGAUAAAUGUCACUCAAGACUCCGCUGUGAAACUUGUUCCAGGAAACACCAUACGCUGCUUCAUGGGUUUUCCACACGUCACCAUUCAGAGAGCACCCCAUCUAGCGGUGACGCGUCCUUGUGUGCUGCAUCAAUGCCAUCCAGAGCUGACGAUUCAGCAGCUGUGCUUUUGGGCACCGCUCUCGUUCACAUUCGUGACCAUUGUGGCACAUGGCAAACGGUCCGUGCCAUCGUCGAUUCCGCAUCUCAAAUAAGUGCCAUAACUGUGUCCUGUUCUGCCCGGUUAGGACUCCGGCUGAAAAACUGGACAGCACCGAUCAGUGGCCUAUCCGGUACAGCAGUCGCUGAUGUCCGAGGUACGGUCGAUUGCGUCGUUCAACCAAGGUUCGCUAAAGAACCACAAUUGAAAACAAAGGCGUGGGUACUGCCAUCGAUCACAUCCGAUAUGCCGCGUCGAUCUUUAGACACCAGCGUUAAGGAUCGAUUUGCGAAUUUGGCCCUUGCCGAUCCGACGUUUAAUAUUGCUUCUCCCGUUGAUGUGCUAUUGGGCGCUGACUUGUUCGCGCAAAUAAUAGACGGCCGUAAGGUCACCGUAGCUGCCGAUCUACCCACAGCGUUCAGCUCCAUCUUUGGUUGGAUUCUGAUCGGGCCGGUGCUUCAAACUGAUGUCGACUGCCACGCAUCGCUCUCUGUGUCUCUAACCGUCUCAGUUGAAAAUUUGAUUGAGAAAUUUUGGCGUGCUGAAGAACCCGCGAUGCCGCCGCCUUCGUUCACUGAGGAUGGCCGAUGUGAAGAAGCAUUCGUAGCAGAGUACAAGCGACUGCCGUCUGGACGAUUCUCCGUGUCAUUACCUACACGCACAGCCCUUUCUUCAUUAAACUUUCCAGGUUCCCGUGAACACGCGAUUAAGCGUUUCGAAAAUCUCGAAAAACGGCUAUCUACAGACCCUAAAUUACGAGAGUUAUAUUUCAAUUUUAUGUCUGAAUACUUGACAUUAGGUCAUAUGUCGGUGGCAAAAACGCCCGGGACAUAUUUUAUACCACACCAUGCCGUAUAUCGACCUGCAGAUGGCGACAACAAGAUCCGCGUUGUAUUUGACGCAUCCGCAAAAGGAUCGCGAGGACCGUCACUAAACGAAUGUUUACUGCAGGGUCCCAAAUUGUAA